AUGUACACCCGCACCCAGGUUCUCGCAGCUCUUGCUGCUCUUGGCGCCACCGGCGUGAACGCCGCCAUGGGUCCUGCUUUCAGCACUGGUCCCGUCUCCGACGACUCCUUCAUCCGUGAAGCUACCUCGACUCUUGUCCUCCCCAACGGCCCUAGUGGCGGCUCCUCCGAUGCUAUCACCUCCCUGUGGGUUGGUAUGGGCACCUCCAACGGUGACCUGAUCCAGUCCAUUGCCGACAACUGGCAGCAGAGCGACUGGACCAUGUACGCCUACACUCUUAAGGAGACUAGCGCUACCUCCCAGGAGCCCAUCUACGGUGAUGGCCAGGCUGACGGCACUAAGGGCGACAAGGUCACCAUGCACUACAAGUUCGAUGACUCGACCGGCAACUACACCCAGACCGUUUUGAUUAACGGCAAGACCGUCUCUACUCUCUCUACCAGCGAUGGCAAGGCUCAGGGCUGGGGAAGCGCUGUCGAGUGUGCCGAGGACAACUGCGGCACCGUCGGUGCUCACUCUUGGACCAACACCAAGAUUAUCCUUGAUGUUGCUGACCCCAACUACAUCAACACCCUCGCCAAGGGUAGCGGCGUCACUGGCGACAUGUCCACCAGCGACGGUGGCAAGACUUGGACUGUUACCACCAUUAACAUUCCUGAGUUCUCUUUCUCUUCCUAAACGCACUGCAUAUUACAUCAGAACCCAUCUGGAUAUGGGGAUUGCAAGGAUAGUGCUGUGACUUUUACCUUCGUCUUUGUAUUAAUAUUAUU